UACGUUUUGACAUUCCCGAUUUCCCAGUUUUUUGGUGGCUGCACCGUGAAUUACUAAUGUCGGGUGAUUUAUCGUUUAUCUAAUAACUGAGAGUUGUAUUUAUGAUGCUGUUUGAUUUAAUAUGUUACUUGUUGAUACUUUCGUGUCAUCCUAUUAUUCAAUAACGUGUUUGGUGUGGUUCCAUUAAAAGUUUAGCACCGAUAGGUUUCGCUGAUAGAUUUGUGCAUACAGAGGAAGAUGACGGAUUUUAUCUGCGAUAGUGUUAUUAUUUCCGUAUAGUUGUUCUAGUUUUUAACAAUGAGUCCGGGUGGAAAAUCAGCUAACAUCACCUUAAAGUCUAUAGAAGUGCCAAAGGCUUUACAGGAGGGAGAGAAAUUCAUCAAAUGGGAUGAGGAUUGUGGCUCAGGCCUCCCGGUCACACUCCGGGUGGACCCUAAGGGUUACUUCAUCUAUUGGACUGAUCAGAACAUGGAGGUUGAACUGUUAGACAUAGCUACUAUUCGGGAUGUGAGGACUGGUGUCCAUGCCAAAGUCCCUAAGGACCCGAAAAUCCGGAACGUGGUGCUGAUCGGCUCCCAGGGUUCGCUGGAGGAGAAGACCGUGACCGUUUGCUAUGGCGCCGACUUCGUUAACGUUACCUUCGUCAAUUUCUGUUGCACGAGGAAGGAGAUCGCACAGAUGUGGACGGAGGAGUUGUUCGCGUUGGCGUAUAAUCUAAACCAGCUGAACAAUCCCACCAUUAAAUUUCUCGAGAAGCUACAUACGAAGAUAGUCCUGAAAGCAGAUAAGUCUGGGAAGAUACUAGUCAAGAAUAUUGUUCGCAUAUUCGCCCAAAACAAGGAGGACAAGAAACGAGUGGAGAAGGCACUCAGUGAGUCGGGUCUGCCCACCGGCAAGAAUGAUACAAUCUCGCAGACCAAGUUCAUGUUCGAAGACUUCUUUUCGUUCUACAAGAACCUGACCCAGCGUACUGAAGUACAAACGAUAUUCAACAAAUUAACGGAUGGCAAACCGUACUUGUCGGCGACGCAACUAGUGGAUUUCCUGAAUGAAGUCCAGCGUGAUCCGCGGCUCAACGAGAUCCUGCACCCGUACGCGGACAUCCAGCGGGCGAGGGACCUGAUCAAAGCGUACGAACAUAACAAAUACCAUCAGCAGCGUUCCCAGCUCACCUUUGAUGGAUUUCUGAGGUUUCUAAUGUCCGAAGAUAAUCCGAUAGUGGCGCCCAAUAAAUUGGACCUGUGUGACGAUAUGGAGCAACCAUUGGCGCAUUACUUCAUCAACAGCUCCCACAACACUUACCUAACUGGUCAUCAGAUCACCGGCAAGUCCAGUGUUGAGAUCUACCGCCAGAGUCUCCUAGCUGGUUGCAGGUGCGUCGAGCUUGACUUCUGGAACGGUCGGACAGAAGAACCGGUGAUAGUCCACGGUUACACAUUUGUGCCGGAGAUAAGCGCCAAGGAAGUGCUAGAGGCAAUCGCUGAAAGCGCUUUCAAGACCUCAGAUUACCCGGUGAUUCUGAGCUUUGAGAAUCACUGUAACCCGCGCCAGCAAGCGAAGAUUGCCAAUUAUUGCAGGGAUAUAUUCGGCGAGAUGUUGCUCGACAGGCCGCUAGAUUCACAUCAACUGGAACCAGGAGGGGAGCUGCCACCACCGUCGUUGCUUCGUAACAAGAUAAUAAUAAAGAACAAAAAGAAGCACCAUCAUCAUCACAAGAAGGAAGAUUCGGUUACAUCUGAGGAGAGUGAACCGCGACCUGAGCUGCCACCACCGCAAGGAAACGGCGAACUCCCACCCGGAACGUUGGUCCGGCAAGGCUCGAAGGAUUCGGAGUCGUCGUCAGACUCGGAGAGCUCGUCCGGCGAGGAGGAGGCGGGCGGCGGCGAGGCGGACGAGGCGCGCGAGACUCACGCCGGCGCUGAGAUCUCAGCGCUAGUCAAUUACGUACAGCCAGUGCACUUUAGUUCGUUCGAGAGUGCCGAGAAGAAGAAUCGGUUCUAUGAAAUGUCAUCGUUCGACGAGAAACAAGCGACGACGCUGUUGAAGGAGCGACCCAUAGAGUUCGUGAACUACAAUAAGCAUCAGUUAUCGCGAGUGUAUCCUGCCGGUACCAGGUUCGACUCCUCCAACUUCAUGCCGCAGGUGUUCUGGAACGCGGGCUGCCAGCUGGUGGCGUUGAACUUCCAGACGUUGGAUUUGGCGAUGCAGCUCAACCUCGGCACCUUCGAGUACAACCGUCGCUGUGGAUAUUUGCUCAAACCCGAAUUUAUGAGGCGGAAGGAUCGUCGUCUAGAUCCGUUCGCGGAGAGUACAGUUGACGGCAUCAUAGCCGGCUCCCUGUCCGUGACCGUACUAUCCGGACAGCUGUUGACGGACAAGCGUUGCGGCACGUAUGUGGAGGUGGAUAUGUUCGGUUUACCGGCGGACACGGUCCGUAAGAAGUUCCGGACCAGAGUCGCCCCCAAUAACGGUAUCAAUCCUGUCUACGGAGAGGAGCCGUUUAUAUUUAAAAAGGUAGUGUUACCAGAGCUGGCGAUGCUUCGUAUAGCCGCUCACGAGGAGAGCGGCCGGCUGGUGGGCCACCGCGUGCUACCCGUCGUAGGGUUGUGUCCCGGUUAUAGACAUGAUUACGUGCCGGACCGGCUAUCGGAGCUAGCGGAGGCGCUCGCCAACCCGAUAAAGUACCAGAGUGAGUUGGACAAACGCGAGCACCAGUUGGCCGUGCUCACGGAGGGCACCGACGCCCCCGCCGCCCCCGCCCCCACUGCCCUCGCCGCCCCCAUAAAACAAGAGAGCACUACAGAUGGCAGUCCUAGUAAAUCCUCCAUCAUAAUGACGGAGACCAAGAAGCUGAUAGAGAACGAGUCUAUAACAUCAGCAGCGUCGCUUCCCGCUAACGAUAAGGAGUCCCAAGAACAAACAGACGAAAAACAAGACGGUGCUUCAGAUGAAUCGGCGUUAGCGGAAAGUUUAGAUACACUACUGUCCAGUGAAAUGGUUCGCAAAAAGCGUGCUGAACUCGCUCGAAAACUGGACGCGUUGCGGCGCAAACAAGAUAAGGAGAAACGGCCAGUCACCGCUAAAUUCUACGUCGGCAACAAGCUUGCUAAGAAACUGUACGGAGGCGAAGCGCAUGGUAGCGGCGAAGAAGGGGGCAGUGAAGAGCGCGAAUUACGUCUGAGAUAUCAUCACGCCAUAUACGCGGCCCUAGAGAAACACGACUUAUUGGAACUUGAGAAGAAAGAAAUUCUGAAUAGACUAGCGAAUUCACGGAAGGAAGAUGUAAAAGCUUUAGCCAAGAAGACUAAUAGAGAUAAAGACGAGAUUCUCAGGAUAAAAAGGGAAAUACACUCGCAGGAGCUUCUGGAAUUGGAGCGGCUGUGCGGUGGAGCGCCGGAGGGCUAG